AUGAGCUGUACCUGUUUCGUCCCACCUGUCGAUGGCCCCAAGUGGACGUGCCUGGCAGAGAUCGACGCGGUGGCCCACAACAACUGCCUGGUCUACUCGGCCGGCAUCGAUGGCGACCUCAGCUUUGACAUCGCCAUCGACCGCUACAACAUCACAGCCCAUUACGGCUUCAACUUCGACGACCUCGACCGGGUCAUGAAGGUGCUGGGCCACGAGGGGCGCUACCUAGCCGCCCUCAAGCUCGACAUCGAGACCGCUGAGUUUGGCUUGGUUGAGAAGAUGGCGCAGAACAAGGGAGUGCGCUGGAGCGACAGGGUGGGCCAGAUCCUGAUGGAGGUCCACUGGGUCAACGACCGCGGGCUGAUCGUGCCCGUGGUGCAGGCCCUCGAGGACCAGGGCUUCCGCAUCUUCUCCAACGAGGCCAACGGCCUUGGCGUGACCGAGGUACGCUUUCCUCCCCACCACCCUUCCUCUUCCUCUUCCUCUUCUUCUCCUUCUUCACUCACACAACACACACAACACGACACAACAACAAUCAUCAGUGCGGGUGGGUGA